AAAAUAGCUCAGCUCGGCAACAAGAUGAGUUUUAAACAAGUUGAUCAAAGUUUUAGCUUUAACGAGUUAAACUCCCGGUUGACUCAUUUCAUUCAACAAUUAUGAUUGCUAACCCAACCUUGAUAAUUUAGAUAAAAGCGUGUGACAAAGAAAGAAAACCCAAAAUUAAAAGAAAUCCGAAAUGUACCUGAAAAAGGCGCUCUGGAGCGACUCCUCACCGGAAGCCGAUACGCCGUCGCCGGUUUUUGAGCCGAUCAAAUCGCUCGACAGGCAGAGAUUGUAUCGCGAGUUGACCCUCGCGAUCCGGGCCGGGCUCCGCGAGGCCCGAGCCGAGUUCUCAUUCCUACGUAUUCGCGGGCUUCGUAGUCUUCUCAAGUUCCUCCAGUCCGUUGCCCAAUCGGAAGAUACGAUUGAUCUCUUUUGCCACUCUCAAUCAAUUCCCAAGCUCCAAGUUGUGCCUGUUCUGUUUCAACACUCCCUUAAAGAGGCAGAAGAACUGCUUGCGACUGAUCUGAACCACAUAUUUACCGUGGAACCUAUGAAGACAGCUAGUCCUGCCACUGAUGCUGAGGUGUCUCUUGCUCUACGAGUUCUUGAAGGGUGCUGUCUUCUUCAUCGGGAUAGCACAAACUUGGCUCGUCAGCACAAUGCAGUUACCGUGUUGAUGGAUAUUUUGGCAACCCGUGGAGUACUCGAGCAAGGUGCAUGCCUUGAUGCUUUAAUUGCAACUAUGCUGGAUUCAUGCUCCAAUCAAAUGGAUUUCGAGAUAUGCAAUGGCAUUGAAGAAGUUGCUCAUCUAAUUAGAGAUAAACAAACAGAGGAAAAUCUAAGGUUGAAAUGUGGUGAAUUUCUGUUACUUCUAUUUGGACAUGCAAAUGUAAGGGAAAAACCUUCAAUGAUGACAAUACACGAAGAUGUGAGGAGAUUGCUGGGUGAAAAAUCUGCUUCCUUAACAUGGGUAGCAACUCAACUGGGAUCAACCCUAAAUCACGAGCAAAGACUUACGACUUUGCAUUUUCAAGCCCGGAAGUUGCUUGAUUCGAUUGAUCUUUACUGAAGUCAUUAUAAAAUAGAGCUUUUGACACCACCAUUUAUGUAAGUUAUGAGCAUUUUGUUUUGGUUGUACUUAAGUUUACAAUAGUUGAACCUGUUUUUGAUCUCAUUUGUGCUGUAAAAUUAUUAUGAAACAGGGCUUUUGACAUCACCAUUUACAUAAAUUAUGAGCAUUUUU